AUGCAAUUUUUAUACAACAACUAUUAUUAUGAAGACGAUUUUAAACCAAGGAGACUUGGCAACUGGGAAAUACCAAAGCAGCCGUAUGGUGACAGGCCAAAAAUAAAACGAAGGACAACACGAGUCAUAGCCGAUGAUAAGGGUCAUCUCCUGGCAGGAGUACCGCGACCCAGCGGAAACCCUUUCGAAGGAUUGUACAUAGGAACAUACCAGUUGCCAAAGAGAAUUACGCGCCAAGUCGCGGAGGAACUGUCACGUCCUCGGAAAAGUUAUCUCAUCGAGAAAAGAUCUCGAUAUACAAAGCCCGGAGCUUCCAGAAAAGAAUCGCCAGCAGCCUCUCCGACGCUUGAAACGACAUCGCUGAAACAGUUGGAGGCAAACGAUAAAGAUAAACAAUUACUAUCAAGAGGUCAGGAAGAUAGAGUGGAGGAGUUACAUCAGGGAGAGAACAAUAACAAACAGCUGAUAAGAUCAAGUGUUUUAGACGAUCUAAAACAAGAUACAGAUUUUAUGCCAGCAUGCUUGAAGGAGGAACACAGGAGUAACGCAGAGAAUAUAAAUCAGUACCAGCCAAACAGUAAAACUGAUGAUUUUGACUAUUCGCACCACAUCACGCACGAUACGAACAUCAAACUUGCCGAUUUACCUCGUCAAGCCGUUGAAAACUGUGAAAGUCACAACCAGCUGUGCCGACUACCUCCAACCACUUCACCCAACUCUUUGAAACCGGUAGAGAAUUCAAUGCAUAUUAGUGAACAAGUAAAAUACCCCGAAAUAGUAAGCAAAGAACAACUGUCCAGUCCUCCGCCGCCAGCAUCACCGAAAACUUGCAAAGUUCCUCCCUUGAUGAGUGCUCAUACGAACUCUCAAUUUGCACGGACUCUCAAACUAGAGAACCAGAAGCACCAUCCUCUACCAGACAUCAUCGAAGAUGCAUUGUACCGCUCCCUCCAAUUCGAUCGGGAGAAAAACCCGGGGUUAGCUCUAAAUACUGAGCCGAAAGCAGCGGCAAUCGGGUGCAAAUGCUACGGAGUACCUGGCCCUACACAGUGUAGCAAAUUAAGAGUAUAUAGACCGAAAACUGCAGGUAACGCGCAGAAACGAGAUUCGUUACCGAAAGAUGACAGGCCGAAAACGUCCAGUGACAGAGGCACUCGGGAGAAAGAGAAUUUUACGGAGAUGGAGUUGGCGCUUUGCUGGGACUACCAUCCAAAAAAUACCGACCUCAAGCCAAAGAGACCAACACACAUAGAUGGAAGUAACGGUAGUGCAGCUCCGUCUGUUUUCACCUUGGUCCACCCGAUUCCAAACGAGCAUAAAAGCGGCUGUCCGACUCCAGACAAAACAAGUUACAAAUCCAUGUCGCCAAAGUGUGGUGAUGAGAUGAAAACAAAACCAAGGACAGCGUGGGACGAAGAUGACACUUCUAAUAAAUACCUCCAGCGACAAUUGAUGAAAAUACAAGAGAGAUCAAAUCCUUCUGCUGUGAUGAAUGUUGUAGAAAACUAUAACGGCUCUGUUGCUAAGGAGAAUGACAGCCCGAAUGUGCAUCCGGUCCCUCCGAGGAAAGGAAAAUCUAAUUCAGCCAGUUCUCGGGGCAGCAGUAAACGAAACAGCCAGUGUAGCAAGGAGCACUGCGACUCGAUAAAAAACAACCUGACCCUUUCCUCUGAUUUGGGCUCUUUGAAUCUUAAAAAUCAAAAGCAUUACUGCAGCUCACCAAAUUUAACUACAGUGGUCAAUGAGGAGGGUAAGGAGAAGAAAGAAUGUAAAAACGGCAAUUGUGGAAGUACGUCGAGCAGUUGUUCCGAUGAUAAAAAUAACAAUCAUGUGAAAAGCAAGGGUCAUAAGUUGUUGAACGCACGGCCAUGUAUGGCAUGUAGCAAUAAAUCUAGUUCUGGGUCAAACAAUAGCCAAAGUAAACCUGAGUACAAGAUGGCAUUCAAAGCUGGAAAACCGAACGGCUUCAACGGAAACGGUAAUGCUCAGAGGUUGAACAACGAGCAUAAAUUACACAUUCCGAAACCGAAGACUCCGUUCGCAAAGAGAAGUUACUCGAUCGGAACUCUAGUGCCACCAUUCUCGCUGUGGCCAGGAACGACUGGGCAAGAUUAUCCUGAGCACUGGCGACUUGCUUCUGUGUACCAGCAUUCAUACAAGCCUAUUCAAACCCGCCGGAAACCUUUCUUGAGAAGCGUCUAUCAAUGAGGGUAAAAUUAAAACUGAUUGAAAACUUGAGAGUAAUGCACGAAAAAUUUUUAAUUUGACCAGAAAAACUUGCUGUCUAAGAUUGACUAAAGAAAGUGGCCAAAUAAACGAGAAAGUUGAACUUGUAAACUUUUGUCCGAAGUGAGAGUGCCUCAACUGCAGAUAGAUUGCUUUUCUUUUCUUACGUAAUCUUCAAUUAUAAGAAAAUCAACAUUCAAUAAACGGUGUUUUCAAUACGGCAUUAUCAAACCAUUCAAAAUUGAUGCUGAAAAUAUAAAGUUUAAAUAAAAAGAAUUAGGCUUAUCUAUGGUAGGAUACUUUGCCUACGCAAGAGUAAAAAAUUAAAAUUUUGAAUACAGUAACCAAGAGGCAAGGCCGAACUUUAAGAUAAUGAGUGUACAGAUUCAUUUUGUAAAAAAUGUCACAAAAUGGCCUUUUUUUUUGGUCAUAGAGGGAUGCCCACAACUCAAGAAUUAAGUAUGAUACAUUCUUGCUUUCAACAACAGUAAGGGAGAAAAUUUUUGGAAAACUCUGAAUCCUCUUACUGUGUGUAAUGUAGAGGCAGUUUCAAGAUGCUUUCCUUCCAGCUUCAGGAAAUACUUAUGAUUCUAGACAGUCAGUCUAACGAUUGACUUGAUUUGCUUUGAAUGAAAUGAAGGUUUAGACCUUUCUAACGAAAUCCACAUUUACUAAAAGUUACAGUUGAAUUUACUUCAUUCGAGUAACCUCCACUAUCUUCAUAACGUAUGGUUGUUUUUCAAUGUCAUAUGAUAAGAAUUUUCCAAACGAUAAAAGUUAUAAUCCUUACAAGAAGUGAAAGCAAAGUUCAACGCUCAGAAAAAAAAACGAUUGAACUACCAACACAUUUGACGUCACAAAAUAUACUUUUGCUCAGCCAAAGAACAAAAACCUUGAUGACUAAUAUUCCCGAUACAGCAAAAACACAAACUAUUUUGUAUGAAUCUAUGUAGAUAAACAAUACUUCAGUUUUCAUAAUUAUAACAUGAAAAUUAUGAUAGAUUGUAAUUUUUAGUUAGUAGAUUACACAAACUCCUUUGUGAUUUGUACAGAGAGGAAAAGACGUGUUUUAAUAUUUUUUUUCUGAAGGCACGACUUAUCAGACUGAUGUAAAUAGUUAACUGGAAAUGAGCGAAUAAAGAUCAUCCUCUGUUAGUAUGAGUUUCAGAGACACUGAAAAAAUAUUAUGAAAUUUUAAUUCUUUGGUAAUCAAAACUGAAUUAGGAACUUGGAGAGAAAAACAGAAAAAUCAUAUACUUGAAGGAGGGUUGUUGUUUGGGGCCAACCUUGUCAGGUGGUCUAUUAAACAUACCAAGAUAAUCUAUUAAAAUGCAGUUCUAUUUGCAGGAAUGAGGAAAUCGCUACAUAUCAAUUAUUUAUUUUCAUUAGAGUAUAAGUUAAAUGAAUCUCAAAAGCUUCUAAAAGUUUUCUUCGAGGAGAGUAUUACUUUCAAAAAAGAAAAUGGUGAUGUGAAAUAAUUUGUGCAAUAUUUACCUAUCAACAUUACUUGGCUGGUUUUUUUAAGUUGGCUGAUAUAACGAGAACAAAAUGAGAUCUAAAAAUUCGUGAUGAAUCGACGAAGAAACUGCAGGAACGUGUGUCUUGCUUGUGGUGUUUCAAAACCUAUGCUCCUGUUUCAUUUUAUCAAAUGGGAACAAACCAACCUUAUUACUUGAAAUUUCGAAAGAUUAAUCUUCACACAUGAAAGAAAAAUCUAGGACAUUUUCAAGAAAGGUCUUGCGAAAUUUCCCACUUAAGAAAUAGAGUAUUACAGGAAGUUAGCAAUGUCACAAACUACUCGUAUAAUACACGUUACUGCAGUUUCACUGUCAGUAUUCUCUGUAUUUUUAAACAAAAAUAUGCAAAGAGAGAUUCGUUUCGAACAAAACCUUCCGACGAAGCUUCUGUAUUUUAACUUAGUCUUCCUGUGUGUUAACUUUUAAAAUCAGCCAGCAAAACUGAUGGGUUAUUAUCGUUUUUGUCUCUUUAUCUUCCUAACGACUUAGCACUAAAUAUCCUUACUUAAGUAAGUUUUAAGAAAGAUGGAUAAUUGACUGCUAAAGGUGGAUGAUAAAUGUGAUUAGAUUUUGAACUUUUAUUUGUUUCUUGUUUCGUUCUGUUUCUUUUUAUAUAUUUUGUUUCUGAUCUGCUGAUUCUUGUUUCUAAGUACUUCUUUUUUUUUUUUCAAAUAAAUUACGUGAAUUUUUGAAGAAAAAAGUAUUGUCAUCUUUCUAGAGCUUUUUCUCUCCAAAUUAAACAUACCCUUGAGCCACCUUAUUCUAUUGUACAUGAGUAAAAAACACUGUGACGAAUUUUACUUUUAUAUUCAACUUGAUGUUUUGGUGGAAUUUAAGACGCAUUUGAAGGGAUUUUUUAUUUUAGACCUGAUUCAGUUGGGAAAUUUACAAACAGUCUACAAAAAAAAGUAUUGCAGCGACUGCAGGCACGAUUUUCUAAUUUUUCAGUGUAAUAUCUUUCAACUCGUUUUCAUUACCUCUUGGGCAAGUACAUUCAACGAGCAUAGAAUGGAUUA